AAAUGUGUUAUUAUAAAAGUGUUAUUUAUACAAAAAACAUUAUUAAAUCCUGUGUCCGCAGAAUACAACAAUACAGUGGAAUGUGAGAUCACAUAAAGCUAUUUUUUUGAAAACGAAAAAAGCAUCCAUAAAAACAUACAAGGUUAGAAAGUAAAGAUGACAGAUUCUUUGGAAAAAUUGCAAAUCGAUGAAGAUGGGACUAGAGAUGUCAGACAUACUCUUAGUUAUCAGGAAGCAAUCAUAACUUCAAUUGGAAAUUUCGGACGCACUCAAUUCAUUAUUCUAGUGGCUGUAUCGCUAACGAGAGUUUUUGGGGCAUGGAGCAUGAUUAUGAUGAGUUUCGCUGGCGCGCAACCUGAUUGGUGGACUGAAAGCACCGUCUUUAAUGAAACGAGUAACAUAUCCUAUACCAUAAGAAAGACAAAAACAUGUCCAGAGUUUGGGAACGAAACAAUCGUAUUUGACGAUAACAUAUACACAAUUGUUAGUGAGUGGAGUUUGGUGUGUUCAAGAGACUGGAUACCAACAGCAAUUACGACAAUACAAAUGGUUGGUGUUUUAUUUGGAGCUGCAGUGAUUGGUCAAUUAGGCGAUUGGAUUGGUCGUAAAAGAGCUCUUCUUUUUGCAUAUACUUUCGUUCUUUGUUUUAUCCUUCUUCUUGGUUUAUCUGUGAACUGGCAAAUGAUGGCGGUUGCUGCAUUUUUCUUAGGGUUUUCAUUAGGAGGUUAUCUUUCAGUGAUUGGCGUUUAUAUAUAUGAAUUCGUUGGAACAGAAUGGAGAACAUCUAUCAAUGUUGUACCAGGCUGGGAAGUUGGCGUAAUCUUAUUUGGAGCCAUGUUUAAGUUGCUACCAAACUGGCGCCAUCUUUGUUAUGCUACGACCGCACUAGGUAGCCCGGUUGUGUUGUUAUUUUGUUUUUCACCAGAAAGUGUCCGCUGGUAUUUCACUCACAAUAAAGUAAGAACAGGGAAAAAAGUAUUGCGAAGAAUAGCCCGAAGAAAUGGAAAACCAGAACCAGAUAUGGACGCUAUUGAUAAAAUUUUAUCCAAAGACAUGUUAUCAACGAAGGAAUCUAUGCUAAAGUAUAAUUAUGUGUCGUUGAUACGAAACAGAUCAACCAGAUAUAAAGCCUUUAUACUUCACUUUAUGUGGAUGGGUGCAUCGUUUACCUACUAUGGUCUCACGUUGGGUGUGGGCGAACUUUCUGGUGAUAUUUCUCUCAACAUGGCUUUGAUGGGACUCAGUGAAGCUUUUUGUGUGAUGCUUGUAUGGCCAGUAUCAAAAUGUUUAGCACGGAAGUAUACAACAAUCUUCUUCUUGGUAGCCACAUCACUUGCAUCGUUUGGCGUCACUAUCGCUUACUUCGUCACCACGGAAUAUUUUGAUAUCUCUAUGAAUGUACUAGCUUUAGUUUCCAGACUCUUCUUAGCAGCGUCAUGGAAUGCUAUUGUUGUAUUUACAACUGAAUCUUUCCCCACAGUGUUAAGGAGUAGCGCCCAUGGCUUCGUAAAUGUUGGCGCAAGGAUUGGCGGUAUAAUGGCGCCACAGAACAAAACUCUUAGUAAAAUAUCUCGCCACUUGCCGUUUACAGUGAACGGUAUAUUGGCUUUGGUUAGUGCUUUCUUGUGCCUCUUUUUGGAAGACACCUAUCACGCUGUUAUGACGGAUGAAAUCGAAGAAGAAGAAAAACGAUCGGAGUUAUUAACAACGAAAGUUUAAAAUUAAAAUGAAUUACUUGUUCAAAAAAAUUUUUUAUACAUUUUUAUACUAAUAUUUGGUGUUUUUAGGGUAUUGUUUUUAGGGAACUGUAAUAUUUUUAGAAUUUUUAUUGGGAAUGUAUUAUUAGAAAAGAAAAAAGUGGAAAACAUG